UGAUAAUUCUACAAUUUUUAAAAGAAUCAGUAGCGUUGACUAAGGGUAAAUGACUCGACAUUUUACUGGUUGUUGGAAAAUCAGAAAAUUGUUAAGUGACAUCUAACCACACCUAGCUAUGAAAUCGUACAGAGCAGUGCAAAGCCAUUUAAACAAUAUGGCGAGAUCUGGACCUUCAUUUAUAGUAGAUGAUUAAAAUGAUUGUUUGGAGUUAAAUAUAAGGUAAUUAUCUUGACACGUUCCACUUGAGGAUUGACAACAACAGGAAUCUAUGCAAGGAUAUAGGAUUGGAAGUUUAAGUAAUCAUGAAUGCCUUAAUAGAAGAUUCACACGGCGAAUUAAUCACUAUAUCUAUUCAAGAAACAGACACAUUCCGGGAGCUGAAUAAACGAAUUAAAAAAGAAUAUGGAUUACAAAUGGACUUUACCAAUUUACAUGGCUAUAGUAGUUUUGAUUUAGAUGAGAACAUUCUUGCUUCUCUGUCAAAAAAUGAUCAAUUAAUUUCAAUAAAUACAGACACAUCCCUUUCAAAUCACACUGAAAGUGUCAUAGAAGAAACUAUAGAUGAAGAAUGCAUCUUGAAAGUACAACCUGAUGAAGCUAAUGUGGUUGUUUAUCAGAAUGACAUAGACAUACAUGCAACUUCAGAAAAUGAUGAAGCUAUUGAAAUGCAUAAAAGUUAUCAGCUCAUAACAUUGGAUUCAGGAAUAGAACUUGAUCAGCAGGUGUUAAUUAAUUCUACAGACGAGAAUGUUUUUCUUCACGCAGACAAUUCGGAAAUCACAGAAUUAAUGAGUUUAAGAAAUAAUAAACGAUCAUACUCUAAAGAUACAAUGCAAACAAAUGCUAAAGUAAUUUUAGAAAUUACUAAUGAUGUGGCUUCACCUUUAUGUCGACUUUGUGCCAAUAAAAGUGAUGAAAUGGUAUAUAUUUUUGGAACAACUGAAUCAAGAAAGGAAAUAGCAGAAAAAAUUGAUGACUGCCUUCCCAUUACAGUGAGCGAGAUGGAUACUCUUCCAAAACAAGUGUGUCAUUCAUGUUUAGAGAAACUUGAGAUGUGUUAUGAAUUUCAUAAAACUGUAAUAGAAGCAGAAGCAAGUUUUGUCAAAAUGGAUUAUGGAAAAUUGAUGCAAACAAGAAUGAUGAGAAAAACUUGUCCACUUUGCAGACAAUGUACAGCUAAAAUAAAUACUGAUCCAGAUAAUAUUAUUUCUCUGGCUGAUAAUAAUAUCGCUGAACCACUUUCUUCUCUCCAAUUAAAAGAAAUGGGUAUUAUUGACACGACAGAAAUGAACGAAUUUCCACCUAAAGAAGAAACAGAAUAUAUAGAAAAUGAUAUCACGAGAGAUGAGCAUUCAAGUGACUGGCAAAUUACUAAUGAACAAAUCAAAAAUGAAUCCAAAAAUUCAGAAAACAGUAUAAAUGAAGCUCUAGUUUCUAUGGUGACGCUGGAGCCUAUAAAAAUUGCUUCAUGCGAAGAAAAACAAGAAUCAAAUCGAACAAAGAAUACAAAUUUCUAUGAAAUGAGAUUAAAUAUGGCAGAGAAUAAAGAAAAAUCAAAAGUCGAAAAAUUGAAGAAGAAUUUGAAACAAUCGGGACUAAAAACUGAUACAGUAACUACAAUUGAAAAAACCAAUAAAGUAUAUGAAAAACAAAAAUUAUCAACUAAAGACCAUACAUAUAAAGAAAUUAACAUGACAACUGAAAUUAGUAUAGACAAUGGGGGAGAAUGUAAUGCAAUAAAAUGCCGUAUAUGUGGAGAAACUUUUGAGACCACAAAAAAAUGUUACAUGCACUCAAGCAUUCAUGCUAUGAACGGUUACUAUCCUUGUAGUCUUUGCGAAAAAACAUUUAUAAACGAGGAAAAUUACAACGACCACAGCGUAGAACACACUGAAGGUAAAAAGUGCGAGCGAAGAUCUGCAACAUAUGCAUGUGAUGAAUGUGGUAAAAAAUUUGUUAGCGAAGAAAGACUUCAGUUUCAUAUGAACUUUCACAAACCAGAAGCAAGGCCAUGUUAUUGUGAAAAAUGUGAUAAAUUCAUGGUAUCUGAGUCAUCUCUAUACCAUCAUUUAAAAACAGUUCAUUUGCAGUACAAAGAGUUUUGUUGUGACAUCUGUGGCAAGCAGUUCAGAGCACAAGCACAAUUGGACUCCCAUCAAAGAAAGCACAAAGAUGAGCGACCGUUCGAAUGUACAAUAUGCAAAAAGCGCUUUUACUCUAAUGAAAUUUUGAAAAGGCACAAAAAGUUACAUCUUCCUGAUAAACCUUAUCAGUGCGAUCAAUGUGGCAAGCGAUUUGACAGAACAAACACAUUGACCAAGCAUCUUCUGAGACACCAAGUAGAAGCAGGUAGAUCAAUGACAUGUUACGUGUGCACAGGAUGCAAUGAAGUUUUUAUCGAUUCACUCAGUGGAAAUUUGCACAUUGACAACUGUAUCCUGACAAAUAAUGGAAAAAAUAGUAUAAUAGAAGAAAGAACUUUAACGGCCAUGUACAGAUGCGAGUUUUGUGAAAGAUGCUAUACAGAUAUUAAAUACAUGAAAAUGCACCGAGCUUGCCAUACCGGAUUGCAACCAUACGUAUGCACCAUAUGCGACAUAACAUACGCAACUUAUAAUCAAGCAACAGCACACAAGUCUGCACAUAAAAAAUCCUCAAAGGAAGUAAACGUCAAGGAAGAUGUAGUAAUCCCAAAAUAUUUUUCAUGCGAAUGCUGCAAUAAGCAAUUCCUUCACUUCACCAAUAUGAAUAUCCACAGAAAAGCGUGUGCCAGUGGUAAAAACUGGACUUGUCGAUAUUGUGGCUUUGUUUUUGAAAAUGCCAAAGAGCUUUCAAGGCACAAGAAAGGAAAAGACAACGAGAAAACAUGGCCUUGCGAGGGCUGCAAUAUGAUAUUUGGAUCUAUCUGUGCACUUGAAAUACAUAAAGAGAUUCACACGAAAGCUUAUGCAAAUAGAAAACUCUUCAAAUGUCUUUACUGUGGAAAAGAGUUUGUUCAGAAAACGCAAUUGACCAUUCAUAUAAGAAGCCAUACUGGUGAAAGACCUUAUGCUUGUGACUUGUGUGACAAGGCGUAUAAAAUCAAAGCUGAACGGGAUAAUCAUCGUAGAACUCAUACAGGUGAACGUCCUUUCAAAUGUACACUAUGUGACAAAACCUUUACUAAUCCUGCUAGACUCCGGGAGCAUACAAGAUUUCAUUCAGGCAUACGACCUUAUAAAUGUAAUCUUUGUGAACGCGCUUUUAAAAAGGCCAACGCGAGAAAGGUACACAUGACCAUUCAUACUGGAGAGAAACCUUAUCAAUGUGAUGUGUGUAGUACAUAUUUUAGAAGAAUGGGUGAUAUGCGAAAACACAAAAAAACUCAGCAUGGAGUGCGUGAAACAAUAGAAAAUAGCAGCGGCUCAUUGAAAAUUGAUUAAAGUAAUGUUUGUAUGCAAAUAACAUUAUUACUCUAGACACUUAAAAGUAUUGUUUAAUGGUAUUCUUUACAAUAAUACAUAAGUGUAUACAUUUUCUAGGAAAAUAUAAAUCGUGUCAAAUGUAUUUUAUACUAGAUAACCUAUGAUAGGUUUGACUAUACAUCAUAUACUCUGUAUAUCAUUCAGUGUAUUAUUAAUUAUUGCUAAAUUGUUUAGGAAAUUAAUUUAAUAAUGUAAAUGGCUCGCAAGUGUUCGAUUCCCUUGGAUGAGCUUGUAACCUGCGAAAAGGUGCGCUAUUAACAUUUCCCUAGAUACGACUCAACCUAUAGAAUGAUGCAGCAGGAAGGAUUAAUCAUAUAUUAAUUCUUCACAAUACAGGACAUUAUAAUAUAUAUAAUUAAGACGAGAUGUGGGAUUGUACAAAAGUCAUAAUUACUUCUUUAAAUAAGCAUAAUCGUCUAUCUUUACGUAAGACAUUGACAAUAUGAUUAGAACGAAUUCUAUUGAAUAAAAGAAUUAAAUGUUUUUACUUGA